AUGUCCGUCACGACGUUGAAUGGCCAACCUACACUUAAUAUUUCCGGUCCUGGCCAGACCGCUCUCUCCCGUCUCGAUCCGCUCAAAAAAGUCUUCACCAAAUUCUUUUCUUCUAUUCCACAAAAAGUACGAGGUCAUGUUGUUGCCGUCAUUGGCGAACUUAUUGGCACAACUGCUUUUCUAUUCAUCGCAUUUUCCGCAGCUGAAGUCGCUCUCGCGUCUGCAAAUGAUAACAAAGGCGAUAAAGUUAGCUACGAGACAAAAUCGAUUAGUACAACUCAGAUAUUGUUUAUAGCGUUUGGAGCUGGAAUAAGUUUGGUGGUUAAUGCAUGGACUUUCUUCCGUAUUAGUGGAGGGCUAUUUGAUCCAGCAGUCUCCAUCGCAUUAUUCUUCGUCGGUGCAAUUGAUUUAACUCGAUGUGUUUUACUUUGUGUAGCACAAUGUGUGGGUGCAAUUGCUGCUUCAGCAAUGGCUUGUGGUUUGUAUCAUGGAGGGUUACAUACAGCAACUACACUUAAGCCUGGAAUGAGUCCAGCACAAGGAGUUAUUCUUGAGAUGAUACUCACAUGUCAGCUCUGCUUUACUGUUCUCAUGCUCGCGGCUGAAAAACACGAAGCUACAUUUCUGGCGCCUCUGGGUAUUGGAUUAUCUGUAUUUAUUGGGGAACUAGCUGGGGUCUUCUGGACCGGCGGCUCCAUGAAUCCAGCCCGUUCCCUCGGUCCCGCAGUCAUAACCUUAAGUUUCCCGAGCUACCACUGGAUCUACUGGGUUGGUCCUAUUGCCGGCGCCGGUCUAGCAAGCAUCAUCUACAAACUAAUCAAAGCACUCGAGUACGAAACCGCACAGCUUUCCGAAAGCGAAAUUCACGCUCAUCCCGUUGAUGAUUCAGAGAAAGCAUCGGGACACACGGGUCCUUGCGAAUGUAUGUGUUUCAAAGCGGCGGCUCAAGGACAAUCAUCAACCGGAAGUAUGCUACAGGUUGCUACGACGGAUGCUAGGAAAAGCUCAAGUUUGGUUCCGACAAAAAGUACGAAGAGUGGAAAUUCAGAAGUGAAGAAGACUGAGACGGUGGUGGAGGAGCCCGCGAAGACUGAGACGGUGGUGGAGGAGCCCGCGAAGACUGAGCCGAAGCCUCUUCCGGCGGCUGAUGAUGGUUUCUUCGGGGAGAUGUAUGCAGAUUGA